AUGGCCUCGUGCGUGGAUCCUGAUCCUGACCUAACUCUAGGCACAAGGAUCGAAUUCUUGCCGCAUUCCCAUAUUACCGAUGCCACCGUUGUUCGGAGCGGCAAGCGCAGUCACCUCGGUGCCCUGAUUCACGACGUUGAUGAAAAAGCCCCGCCAGAACUGGGCGGCCAACCAACAGUGAGGAACAACGCUGCCACCCAGUCAUUUCCUCAGCCUAUCGUGAAUGACUACACCAUCCUUCACCCAUCAUAUAAAAACUUGGAAUCGCCCGCCCUGACUCCCUCGAGGAAAUGGAAAGACUUCAAAAAAAGCAAGAAGCUAAAUCACAAACUUACACACAAUCAAUACGACUCUCACCCGCCUCAUCCGGUUGCACACCACUUACACGGAUCGACUCGGCCGGUGCGCUAUAGAACAGCUCCUGAAUUUCUACGCGAGCUUCUCAGCAGCAGCCAUGUAGACGCCCCUCCGUACUCUGCCGUGGCACCCGAACAGCUCGUCCUCCGGCUACGCUACCGCAAACUCGCCGCGCGCAGCGAGAUUCACAGCGUCGGCCUGUCCGCCUCCACGAGCGACCCCAUUGCCUAUGCCACCUUUAACGGCGGCCAGAUGGACCAAGUCUGGCUGGACCUGUUUGAGCUCAACUCCCAGCGGAGCCUGUCCAAGGUGCCCGGCGCCCACGGCGCCUUUGCGCCGGCCGCCGCAAGCUCCCGCAUCGCCACCCUGCGCGACUGGACCGUGUCGCUCGGUCCCGGCAUCGACUAUGUCCACGCCACGUCGCUUUUGCUGCGCGACGCGCGCACUGGCAAGUCCACCCUCGAGAUCAAGGGCGCGUGCGGCGAGCCCGUCGCCUGGAGCCCCGACGGACGCGCUAUCGCCGCCGCGGAGCCGCGCCGCCACCGCGUCGGCGUCUGGGACGCGCGCACCGGUGCACUGCGCGGCCGUGUCGUCUCUCAUAUCGACAAGGUCGUCCUCGCGGCGUUUACGCCCGACGCGCAGCUCGUCACGGCCGCGCGUGACGGCACGCUGUGCCUCACGGACCCUGCGACCAGCCGCACAGUGGCCCGGCUCGAGAUUGAGGGCCUCGGCGCUGGCAACCCCCGCGCGCUGGCUGUGGCGCCUAAUGGUGCCGUCGUGUCUGUCUGGGGCGCCGAGGUGCAUGUCUGGCAGCCACGCGCGGCCCACGUUUCGUCGUACGCGCUGGCGUCGGUGCGGCGCGGACAAGGCGUCCCGCUUGCCGUGUCCCCGGACGGCAGGUACAUGCUCUGCGGGACCGAAGACGGGUUCGACGUCAUGGACGUGCGGUCAGGUGAGACGGUGGCGGAGCGCCCCGGCGGUGCGCUCGUCACGGCCGCAGCGUUUUCAGCCGACGCCGGCGUCGUGCUGCUCGGCCGCAUGGACGGGUACCUCGAGGUCUGGGACAUUACCAAGAAGGCCUAG